CUGGUGAAUGAACUCUGCGACUUUUCCCGUGAACCGACCUCAAUUUCCGAACAGGGGAAACACCAGUGACCAUUUAUUUUGAUCAGUCCUGAACUCAAAUGAGUGUUUGAUACGAUGGGUAAACAUUACGACGAGGGAGACAGAGGCGGCUGAGCAUGGUGCUGGCCACCCAUCCCCUGGAGUGCCUUGCAGGCUUUCCGAGGUGCUACUCGCUAACAGCACUUGCCCCUACAGUCUGUGAAGACUAUACGGGGGAACUUUGUCUUUGUGUCUGUGUGGGAAGCGGUGGUGUUGCAGUCAGCGCGCUGCGCUACGAACCUGGCGACUCGAGUUCGAUUCUCGCUAACGGCCCACGCCAGUGACGAUUAUCUGAACCGGUCCUGGGCCCUAGGUCGACUCAGCCUCAAAUGAGUACUUGGUGUAGCGGUGUGUAACAAACAUUGCUAGUACUGGGGAGACAAAGGCGGUCGGGCGUGGUGCGAGCCACCCACCCCCUCGUGUGCCGUGCCGGCCUUCAUAGGUGCUCGCUAACAACACUUGCCCCACCAGUCUGUUAAGGCUACACGGGGACUCUUUGUCUAUGUGUGUGUCUAUGUGUGUGUCUAUGUGUGUGUCUAUGUGCGGAACAUCUUCGCCGGUUGGAAACAUUUAGGCUGGCCUGCCUACGAUCCAUCCUGGGUUUAACCAGGCUGGAUUGUGUGAGGAGCUCACAAAUCCUUGAAAGAUCUGGGCAAAGUCCCAUCAGUGAGCUCCUCCGGCAGGCAAGGCUGCGUUGGCUGGGUCAUGUAGCCCGCAUGCCCAGCCACCGCAUGCCUAAACAGCUUUUGUUCGGCCGGAUCGAGGGGGCUAGACGGGCGCGACACGGGCUGGAGAAGAGAUGGAGUGAUGUGGUACAGGAGGACGUGGAGCUGAGUGGACUUGCCGAUGACCGGUACCAGCGGUGUCAAGAUCGGCCUCUGUGGAGGAGGCUCGUGAAGGACGCUACUGGGCAGUAGGAGGCAGUCGCCCUCCAACAACAACGGAGGGCGGAGGAGCGACGCUCACAACAACGAGCGGAGCGCCGGGUGGCUAAAGCACAGCAAGUUGGCACAGUAGGGGGCACAGGUGGUGCAUCAGCCAGUCAUCUCGGUCAUCUCGGUCAGUCGACCCGUGGCACCUGCUGGGUCUGCCCCGUGACCUCCUGCCAGCGGGCUUUCGACACUUCACGUGGCCUCAAGGUGCACUUGGCCUGGCACAAGCAUCGUGGUGACGUCACCGCCACUUAGUGGCGAAUGGCGGUUGUUGUUGUUGUUGUUGUUGUGUGUGUGUGCGUGUCUGUGUGUGUCUGUGUGUGUGUCUGUGUGUGUCUGUGUGUGUGUGUGAGUGUCUGUGUGUCUGUGUGUGUAAGUGUGUGUCUGUGUGUGUGUGUGUGAGUGUCUGUGUGUCUGUGUCUGUAAGUGUGUGUGUCUGUGUGUGUCUGUGUGUCUCUAUGUGUGUGUGUGUGUCUGUGUGUCUGUGUGUCUGUGUGUGUGUCUGUGUGUGUGUGCGUGUCUGUGUGUGUCUGUGUGUGUGUGUGUGUCUGUGUGUGUCUGUGUGUGUGUGUGAGUGUCUGUGUGUCUGUGUGUGUAAGUGUGUGUCUGUGUGUGUGUGUGUGAGUGUCUGUGUGUCUGUGUCUGUAAGUGUGUGUCUGUGUGAGCGAGUAACGGUGACGCUGCUGAGUGCCGCGUGUUACGUAUGCGGCCCCGAGGUUCCGCCCCCCGCGCUCCCGGCGAUAUAAACCCCCCGGCCCCCUGGGACACGCAGAGUGGAGUCCCCCGUGUGCCUCCAGGUCUCCGCGUUGCCCGGUCCCCCCGUGUCUCCCGGUAGCCCAGUUGACCACCCCGCGUGGCAACGAUUCUCCCCCCUGUGUCCGCGUUCCCGCGUCUCCUCCCCGUGUCUUUGUGUCUCCUCCGAGUCCCAUUGUCUCAGGGUCUCCAACACUCCGCGCGCGUCACCCCGAGCUCCGGAUUUGGACCCCGCAGACCCCGCUGGGCCCGCAGCGUUCGCGGACAUGCCGGGAGCUGCCCCGCGGCGGAGUCUCUAGGGUCGCCUCUGCACCGCCUCCAAGCGGGUGACGGGGGUGGGGGAGCUCCCGCCCGGCUCCCGCCAGGCUCCCCGUGGGCCGCCCGGCCCCCCCAGGGGGGACGAUGUCCUCCACGGGCCUGGAGAUCCUCGGCUUCUCGCUGGGCGCGCUGGGCUGGCUCCUCGGCGUGGUCGCCUGCGCGCUCCCCACGUGGCGCGUCACCGCCUUCCUGGGCCAGACGCUGAUCGUGGCGCAGAGCACCUGGGAGGGCCUGUGGAUGAACUGCGUGGUGCAGAGCACGGGCCAGAUGCAGUGCAAGGUGCACGACUCCAUGCUGGCGCUCAACGGCGAGUUGCAGGCGGCGCGCGCCAUGACGGUGCUCGCCAACCUCCUCGCCCUCCUCGCGGUCGGCGUGGCGGCCACGGGCAUGAGGUGCACGACGUGCGGCGACGAGGACGGCUCGGCCAAGGGCCGCCUCACGGCCACGGGAGGUGUCGGCUUCGCGCUGUGCGGCCUCCUGCUGCUGGCGCCCGUGUCGUGGACGGCGCACAACAUCGUGCGCGACUUCUACGACGUCGGCGUGCCGGUCACCCUCAAGCGGGAGCUCGGCUCGGCCCUGUACGUCGGCUGGGGGGCCGCGACGCUGCUGUUCCUCGGCGGGGGGCUGCUGUGCUGUUCGUGGCCACGAGCCGAGCCGGGCCGGCCCCGGCCCUUCUACGGCCUUCAGCCGGGCGGGUUGGCCAUGCACGGGACCGGCCCCAACGCUCCCGGGGUCCCGUUGCCGCGGAUGCACUCGGCGGCGGCGGCGCCAUACGGCGCCCCGCCGUACGAGGCCGCGCCCGCACCCUGCAACGGCAAGCAAAGCUACCACGUGAAGGAGUUCGUGUGAGGGAGGGGAGCGACCUCCGGGGGACGUCGUGGGACGUCGUGGGACGUGCGCGCUUCACUUGCAGCAGCCCGCAGCGAGCGUCCAGCCCGCAGAGCGCGCAAUGCGCAAUGCCGCCCACGUGAAAGCCCUGGAUUUGUGUUUGUUUGUGGCGACGGGGAAGGGUGCGUGAGUGGCCACGCCGGGCUCGGUGAACUGUGUGCGGGGGUGGGGGCCCACUCGUGUCGGUGUUGACGAAACCAUGCUUGUGUCUGUCGACCUGACGCCAGGAGUUAGAUUAUGGAGUUGAACCGAGCUGCACGUGACGUAAAGAGAGAGAGAGAGGGCACGCAACUCGUGUUAAGCUCAUCAUCAUCCCAUCAGCAGACGCCGAGAGACACGGACUGCCAUCCACGCAAGGCCGCCUGCUCGCCCGGCCACUACGCAGCUCGUCGCAUUCCUCCAGACAGAGCCCACGGCUGCAGCACGCGUUUACCACACCAGCUCGUGAGCUGCCUCGUCAAGACAGAGCCAUGUGAACACCCUAAGAACCUCCUUGAGGGAAUCCACCUUGAGGAACUCCACCUUGAGAUGCUCCACCUUGAAAUAUUCCACCUUGAGGAGCUUCACCUUGAGAUGCUUCACCUUGAGAUGCUCCACCUUGAGGAGCUCCACCUUGAGAGACGUCACCUUAAGGAGCUCCACCUUGAGGAGCUCCACUUUGAGAGAUGUCACCUUGAGGAGCUCCACCUUGAGAUGGUCCACCUUGAGGAGCUCCACCUUGAGGAGCUCUACCUUGAGGAGCUCCACCUUGAGAUGCUCCACAUGGAGAUGCUCCACCUUGAGAUGCUCCACCUUGAGGAGCUCCACCUUGAGGAGUUGAUGUGCGCCCACGCGUCCCUCUCGUGGCAAUGCCCACGGGUGGAGGAGGAGGAGAAGGAGGAGGAGAUGUCUCCACGGUCUCCACGGAUGCUGCUCGCUGCUCGCUUCACGCACGGCGCUGUGAGGCCCCCUGCAUCUCACAGCCGCCCUCUGCUUGUCCAAGCGACGGCCACGUGAUACAACUGAACUUUAUUGCGGUACCCCCGGGUACAAUAGUACCACGGCUCUCGCACAAUGUCCGUGAUGCAGUCAUUUUUAGUUUGUUGAUGGUCGGCGAUGCGGCAAUCGACUCAUCUCGAUGAGCUGUACACGAUGCACCACCACGGUGCAUACCGCGAGCGUUCAGGGUUUCGGCGCAAUCGUCCUCGCUGCGAUUCGACAUCGCGAAGUGGCACUGAUGUCGGAUUGAUUGGUACCCCAGUCGCGGAGUGAAGUACACCCCUGGACAAAAAUAGUAUCCCAGAAAUAAAAUAUUUAAUUGCCUCGGCCAGUUUGUAUUAUUUGGUACCCCAGGGUACCGCCAUAAGGAACAAAUGUCCCCUGCAUUCGAUGCUUUAAUAAUAAUAAUACUUGACAAUAGUAGCCAGAGCAUUACGAUUGGGAAGUACGAUUGUUAUUUACAGAACGCCAAAUUGAAACCGUGAGUGCUAUGUAAUGGCCAAGUGUGAAGCCAACGUACUCUGAUGGUGAAGUAACAUUAUGGUGAGGUCAGUACCUGUGCUUGUGAAGUAUUGUCAGGGUGACGUGAGCUGUACGAUGGUGAGGUACAAUGACGAUGAUGAUGUGAGCUCUAUAAUUAGCUGAGUUCUAUGGUGAUGAGGUGAACUCUAUGAUGGUGAUGAGCUCUAUGAUGUUGAUGAGGUGAGCUCUAUGAUGGUGAUGAGGUGAGCUCUAUGAUGGUGAUGAUGUGAACUCUAUGAUGGUGAUGAAGUGAACUCUAUGAUGGUGAUGAGGUGAGCUCUAUGAUGGUGAUGAGGUGAGCUCUAUGCUGAUGACGCGUCGGAGUGGUGGCGCUGAGAUGCGUGGUGUUCGUGUCGUGGUAACGAUGUUAUCGAUGUGCUUGUAAUACAUUUAGGCACGCGUCUUAAUAAUUAAAGCAACGCGGAGGGGGUGGGAGCGGUGGCGGAUCGUGGAGCCGAGCGCGUCGGGGUUUGGUAGUUACUUAGUGACACUUUAAUUAGUUUUUAAUUGGAGCCGCGAGGCAACACUGGCUGUUGAUCAGCGGCGCGUGGCGUUUAUCUUCACUGUGUCUCGCUGCUGCUGCUGUUGUUGUUGUCAGCGUGCGACGUUGACUGAGCCCGUUAAGAAUCGUUGUUGUACGUCCCGUGAUGGUCUGUGUUCGCGCACCUGACAAGCAUUAAAGCUUAAUCACU